CCCCUUCCAGCUAUGCGGCGUCACCCUGCUCGCCACCGGGUUCUACAUGUUCACCGACGGGCCCCGGAUCCUUCUGUCCCGCCUACUAAUCUCCGCCACCGAGCAGCACAAAACCGCCCUGUCAGAGCUUGAGCAACCCCUCUUCUACUAUGUCGCCCUAGCCCUCACCAUAGCAGGCCUGAUCGCCAUAACUGCUGCCCUGCUCGGCUGCUGGGCCUCCUGCAUGAACACCUACUGUGUGCUGACGAUCUACUUUCUCAUAAUCCUAUCGCUGUUGAUCGGCGAGUUCGGCGUGUGCCUCAUGAUUACCGCCUGGCCGCAGUGUCUCGGUCUCAACCUGGACGAAACGGCCAUGGUGAAGGUGCUGCAGGGCAGCUACGGCGUGCCCGGUCACGAGCAGUUCACCGCCGCCAUGGACCUGGCCCAAACCAUCUUCGAGUGCUGCGCCGUCAAUACGGCCAUCAACUACGACACUUCGCUGUGGAAGCUGCAGAGUUUGGGCAAGAAGGAACUGACCGUUCCGUUGACCUGCUGCAAGCUGCAGAACCGGUUCGAGUUCUCCGCCUACUUGGAUCCGGUCCCGACGAAUCUGACCCUCUGCCAAGCGCUUCAACCGCACGACUACGAAGGCAACCGACACUUGGAUGGUUGCCUGCACAAGAUUGAAGUGUGGUACCGCGAGCAGUACUUCCUGUUUCUCUGCGCCGGCCUCAUCGUAGCAGUGGUCGAGUUCUGCGUGCUCCUCAGCAUCAUCCUCAGCUGUACAAAACUUCCCCGGAAACCUGCCUCUGUUGGGAUCAAUCCGGACCGGUUGCAGCCACCGUCGUCGCUACCGCGUCCGGCAGGUCACAUAGUGCGAGAUAACAUCUACGAGCGCGAUUUGCCGACGCCGAUUCCGGUGCCGACCAUCCGCGAGUCGUACAUUCAACCGCAGGAGUUUACCAAAUCGAGGCACGAGAUUCCGUUCAACACGGGAUCGCACUACUAUCAGAUUUCCAAGAGUUACCUCGUGUAGGAGGGCACUCUGCACGUGGACGUGCUCUGAGUACCUUUAUUUCUAGUAAUUUAAGGACGGUUUGAUAGACUUAAAGAUAGAUUUGAAAAUAAAAUUUAAGUUGUGAAAAAAA